AUGGUGACUCCCGGCCAAUACCCGGCGUUCCCUCCGGCACGAGGUCUUGGGAUCUUGGGGUUUGUUUCCAAGAAAUUCCCCCAUCUAUUAAUCAACACUACUCCAUACCUUAUGGAUAGGUACAACACACAUAAUGAGGCCUUCACCGCAAUACCGCCCCGGCCCCCAGGUACGGAUACCCUAAUGAUCAAUCUGGACGGAGCAAGGCAUAUCGCGCAAUCGCCAGAUAUUGCAGCCCAUGGCAGCCAUCGUGGCACACCCGCAGCCCACAGCCCGACAGCCCCGUCCCACGUUCCUAUCCACCGCCCUUCCAUGACCUUUCCUAAAUCGUUACCGACGGCCAACGACUUGCUAUCACCCUUCCGUCAUCAUUCUCCAACUUAG